AUAGUCACGCGGAAACCAGAUGCCCUGUCCUGUGUUCUCCAAAGAAUUCUUCUGCCGCGAAGACACUGUUAUCAAAGGAAAGAGAAAAGAGAAUGGUGAUCCUGUUGGUGGCGACCACCUCAGAUCCAGCAUCCAUAGGCCCAGCCUCGGCUCUUCUAGCCAUGCCCGGUUGGCACACUGGCCCCUCCUUGCAGGAUUCCGUAACUUUUGUAAACAAGGAAGUGAGGCUAAUAAAAUUGGAUAACAGUCUUGUUGAGGAGGAUUACUUAGAUAAACGUUGGGAGGAGGCAACCGGCGAGGUAGUCGAUGAGAUCAUUUUUCUUAGCAAGCAUGCUGCUUCUUCUAGUCGGCCAUCUCUUACGGUCCAUCCAAUUGGUACUCCACAUAUUGGUGAAGGAGAGGUUCUUUUUGCUGGUGGGAAGCCAGGAUGGGCAGCACUUCCAAAUCCUCGGAUAGGACCAUGGUUGAGGCUCUUGAGGACUAUUGCUGAAUCACAUAAACUAACUCCUGAAUUCGAGGUUACAUUAGAAGCCACACAUCAUGGGCCAUUAACUAAUUCGCCAACCAUGUUUGUGGAGAUUGGUAGCACAGAAGAAUACUGGAGGAGGCAAGAUGCUGCACAGGCCAUUGCAUUGUUAGUCUGGGAAGGAUUGGGUCUUGGAGGAGGAAUUGCUGAGGGAGACUGGGGCAGGAAUGGUGGUAGCAACAAAAUCCUUCUUGGAAUAGGUGGUGGGCAUUAUGCGCCCCGGCACACGGAAAUUGUUCUAAAAGAUGGUGUUUGGGUAGGCCAUUUGCUUUCUGGAUACUCCUUGCCGAUGGAAGAUCCUGGUCAAUCAAAAACACAACUAAAUACCGAGGCUGUGCACGGGACUUGGAAAGAAGCAAUCAAAGUUGCAUUUGAGGCUACUAAAUCAGCUUUCCCUGGGGGAGAAAUUCUAGCACAUCUUGAUCACAAGAGUUUUAAGAGCUGGCAGAGGAAUGUCGUCACAACUUUCUUGGUGGAGCAGAACAUAAAGAUUGGGAAAGCCAGUGACUUUUCUUAAUUAGUGCGUCAGUACUAAUGAAUAAAAACCAAUUAUAUUUGAAAGGAUUCAUACUUUGUUUCAAUUCUCUUGUGUAACGAUCUUAGCCAGGGAGAAGAUGAAAAAAAAAAUUUCUUUUCAGAUACAGUGGAAGGCUCUGGAAGGUGUUAGGGCCGGAAAAGCUAGGAUAUAUAUAUUGGGCGAUGAAUACGAAUGGAUUGCUGGAUUUCAUCAAAGCACUUGCAAUGCACACCUUAGCAAGAUAUAGUCUUAUUUAAAUUCAAAGUUAUUACAGUAUUAUCUUUCAAAUUUGAGUUUGAAUUUGUACGAAUUUCUUUAUUAGCUGAAUAGAAUUCCAGGGUUAUGAAAAGAUUCGGUGUUUACUUUUAA